AACGCAGUGAAUUAGCUAAAAAAGAAGAGGAGGCCUACUUUCAGAGAUGUGGCUACAAGCCUGUAAAUGAGAAGCCACCUGGAGAGGUGCAGCAGGAGGAAGAGGAGGAGAAACCACUGACUUCAUCAAAUCCAGUGCUGGAACUUGAACUGGCAGAAGAAAAGUUACCAAUGACCCUUUCCAGACAGGAGGUUAUCAGGAGGUUACGAGAGAGAGGUGAGCCAAUCAGACUGUUUGGAGAAACAGAUUAUGAUGCAUUUCAACGUCUGAGGAAGAUAGAAAUUCUUGCACCUGAAGUGAACAAGGGCCUGAGAAAUGACCUGAAGGCUGCUUUGGAUAAGAUUGACCAGCAGUAUCUGAACGAAAUUGUAGGCGGCCAAGAAGCAGGAGACGAUGACUCACAGAAUGACUUGAAAGUCCAUGAGGAGAAUACUACUAUUGAAGAACUAGAAGCUUUGGGAGAAUCCUUAGGACGGGGUGAUGAUCACUAUGAUAUGGACAUCAUAACGAAGUUCUUGAAGUUUCUUCUUGGAGUUUGGGCUAAGGAGCUGAAUGCCAGAGAAGACUAUGUGAAACGGGGAGUACAGGGGAAGCUGAACAGUGCCACUCAAAAGCAGACAGAAUCAUACCUGAGGCCACUCUUCAGAAAACUUCGGAAAAGGACACUUCCUGCAGACAUCAAAGAAUCAAUAACAGAUAUUAUUAAAUUCAUGUUGCAAAGAGAAUAUGUGAAGGCAAACGAUGCCUAUCUUCAGAUGGCUAUUGGAAAUGCUCCCUGGCCUAUUGGUGUCACUAUGGUUGGCAUCCACGCUCGAACAGGUCGUGAAAAGAUUUUCUCCAAGCACGUAGCCCACGUUCUCAACGAUGAAACUCAAAGGAAGUAUAUUCAGGGGCUGAAGAGGCUCAUGACCAUUUGCCAGAAGCACUUCCCGACAGACCCAUCGAAAUGUGUGGAGUACAAUGCUUUAUGAGGCUCUGCGGUGUCCGAGGCCUGACUCAUAUUUCAAUCUCCGAGACCCCGAGAGGAUUGCAGGGACAGAGUUUGUGCUUUAACACCGGCAGGAACCUAGGGUGGGCUUUGCGAAAAAGCAUAAAGCAGCAGAUUUCUCCAGCUUCAUUUUUAUGAGCCCCAUUUAUUUAGAUUUCUUUUUAAAUCUAUGCUUUACGCUGAACACAUCCAAUAUACAGAAGAGGGGGGUAUGAGCAGGACAAUGACCAGGGGACGAUGAACACGA